AUGCUCAAUUCCCAUUUCUCCAAGCCUCUAUGCGUGGGUCUCGUGGGUGCUGGACGGAUUGGAAAAGUACAUGCGCAGAGUCUACAACGUGCUGGAGCUACGAUCGCUAUGAUUGCCGACCCCUUUGAUAAUGUGGCAGAGACGGUGGCUGCACAAUUUGGUAUUCCACGCUGGACCAAAGACACGUCCGAGCUCUUUCGUGAUCCGGAGAUCGAUGCCGUUGUCAUUUGCUCCCCCACGGCCUUGCACGCGUCUCAGAUUGUUGAAGCAGCAAAGAAUAAGAAGCAGAUCUUUUGUGAAAAGCCCGUGGAUCUUGAGCUGGUUGCCGUCAAUAAGGCCAUCAAAGCGACGGACGAUGCUGGUGUGAAGCUUAUGAUUGGAUUUAAUCGUCGUUUUGAUGCCAAUUUUGUACGUAUCAAGCAGGUUCUUGACCAUGAUGAGAUCGGCAAAGUUAAUAUGCUGCGUAUCACAAGUCGUGAUCCUGGUCCACCAUCAAUAAGCUACAUCAAAAGCUCUGGGGGGUUGUUUUGUGACAUGACUAUCCACGAUUUUGACAUGGCGAGAUUCCUUAUCGGUGACGAGGUAGAUGAGGUCUACGCCAUGGCGCAGAGCGUGAAUGCCGACAUUGCAGCAGCGGGCGACAUCGACACGGCCGUGGUGCUGCUCAAAUUUCGUAACGGUGUCAUCUGCUACAUCGAGAACAAUCGAGAGGCCGCGUAUGGCUACGAUCAGCGCGUGGAGGUUCUGGGCUCAAAGGGCUCCGUUGCAUGUGACAACAAGCAUUCGAACCAGGUGGUCGUGUCUACGAAAGAGAACGUGCGUCGUGACUUACCGCUUCACUUCUUCUUGGAGCGCUAUAUGGACGCGUAUGUGGCAGAGAUGGAGGCUUUCAUUCGAGUAUGCACUACAAAUGGUGCUUCAGUUCCUGUAAGUGGUGCUGAUGGUCGUGAGGCUUUGUUGCUGGCUCUGGCAGCAAACAAGUCACUUGCGGAGAACCGACCUGUUAAGGUUGAUGAGCUGCGGGAGCUAUCAUAA